UGAACUUCGCCUUGAAGUUUGAAUCGGGCUGUUGCGAGCGUCUGGCUCCGUGGGCGGGUGUGAGUGCGGACACACAACACACACACACGAGAGAGAGCGUAGCGAGAGCAUCAAGUUUCAACUUUGGACCGAGGCGGCGGUGUGGCUUUCCGUCUGAGAAGCGGCCAGCCGCGGGAACCACGGAAAGAAAAGAAAGGAAGGAAAGAAAGAAAGAACAAAAGAAAGGAGGAAAGAAAGAACGAACGAAAGAAGGGAAGAAAAGGAACGAAAGAAGAAAGGGAAGGGAAGGAGAGAGGGAGGAGGAAGAAGGAGAAACGCAAAAGAUCCCUUGAUCCAACCCAACAUUAAACCCCGCUUGGGCAAAACCACGCAAGGCUCCCGAAAGAUCCUAGAUCCUUCGCACGGAUUUGGGCGAAGGAUUCCGACAGAUCCGGAGCGUCUCUAAAGGAAGGAGGCCCGCGCGAUCGUCUCGUCUGAAUGCAGAAAAACAGGGAAGAUGGAUACUUUCAGCACUAAGAAUUUGGCUCUCCAAGCUCAGAAGAAAACUGCUGAGCAAGAUGGCCUCCAAGAACGUGGCCAGCAUCUUCAUCGACGACACCAGCAGUGACAUCCUGGACGAGCUCUACCGGGUCACCAAGGAAUUCACGCACAACCGCAAAGAAGCCCAGAAGAUCAUCAAGAACUUGAUCAAGAUCGUGGUGAAGUUGGGCGUCUUGUACCGCAACAAGCAGUUCGGCGUCGAAGAGCUGGUCUUGAUGGACCGUUUCCGUAAGAAGCUCCAUACUUUGGCUAUGACGGCGGUCAGCUUCUACCAGGUGGACUUCACUUUCGACCGCCGGGUCAUGUCCAACAUGCUCAACGAAUGCCGUGACCUUCUUCAUCAAGCCGUCAACACACACCUGACCAGUAAGUCCCAUUCUCGGAUUAACCACGUCUUCAACCAUUUCGCGGACUACGAGUUCCUCUCCGCGCUCUACGUCUUCGGAGCCUACCAGAGCCACCUGCAGCGGAUCUGCGGAGGGCUGAACCAAAUGUUGGAUGAAGGCAACAUCUGAAGUCAACCAAAAACCAUGGCUUUUCAAGACUCAGCUGUGGACGCGGUGGCUUUGGUCUCACCACUU